UGCUACUAUUUGUCACUGUGAUGGGCUACUGUAUAUAACACAACACACACAAAAACCCAUUGAAGGAUGAAUUUCUAACGUUCGUUCCUCCUGCCUCGUGGCCCCCUGCUGGAUCAGUGUGGACCCUCCGCCGCUUGAUCAUCAACUUGAACCAAACCACACCCCCUCCUCUACCCGCUAAUGAGGGGAACUUAUCCUCGCCUGCAUGUUGACUGAGCCGCACACUGGAGCCAGCUGGAGGAGGAAAAGGGGAGCUUACCGCAAAACCGCCCAUGCUGACACUUUCGACAUCAUGGAUUUUGUGGCCCACGGCUAUUUGGACGCGCGGUCUCCUUAUGAUUACACCUUCAAUUUUUGGAACGACUACCUGGGUCUGUCGACACUUGUGGCCCCGAACAAGAUCCGUAGCCCCCCCUGCAGCCCCAACUCUAUAACGGAGUCACUAAAAGCCACUCUGGGCUUGGACGACUCGCCGGUGUGCUCCUGCGUGACAGUGCCCAGCAGGGACGGCGAAGCAGGUCACCUGGAUUGCUGCUCCCCGCCCCUCUCUCUCUAUGAGCUCCAGGAGCAGAUCUCGCUCCUCCGGCCGUACGGACACCUCGGGGCCGCCGACAGAGACGCGGCUGCCUACGGGGGCGGCAACUUGGUGGGGAUGGAGCUGCUCUCCGCGGACCGGAGACGCAAGCAAGUUCAGCGGGGCAAGCCGGAGCCCAAAGUUUGCGUGUUCUGUCGGAACAACGGCGCGCCGGAGGAGGUGUACGGCACGCACAUCCUAAAGACCGCGGACGGCAGGGUACUGUGCCCCAUCCUGCGGGCGUACACUUGCCCCCUGUGCAGUGCCAACGGAGACAACGCGCACACCAUCAAGUACUGCCCGCUAUCCAGGGAGCCGCCUGGUGGCCACAGAGUACUGGCUAAAGGAAGCAGGGUAGCUGGCAAGAGACUCAAAAUCUUCUCAUGAACCUUCCGAAGUGAUGAUGACGAUGGCAGUUACGUCCACACUGGGCUUCAGUACCUCCGCCAAGUUUCCUUUAGUAUGUUUCCAUUUGAUUAUGGAAAUAACCACAUCUCAUCCAAUUUGAAUGACAUGUGCUACUUACAGGUAUAUGCAGGGUCAGAAACUGUCAAACCACUUUUCAUCUGGAUCUAAUCCAGACUGCACAUUCGGAACCAAUGCAAAUUGAACCCAGAAACGUCCAGUGUAACAUGUUCAGAUAAAAGACAUAGUUUAAAAAAACAAUCACGUAUGAGUCAAAUCUUGUUGAGAAGCGUCUUGUUGAGAAUGUCAGACUAGCUUUCAUCUAGAUUGCACUCAUAUUGUGCAUUUGGACCAAAUGUAAAUUUAACCCAAAAUGAAUAAGUUCCGAUACAUAGAGGUGAUCAAAUCAAGAUAUCUUUCUCACUGAUUUUGUCACUGAUUUGGUGACAAAUGUUGAAGCCUGAGAUCUGUAAUGUCUUGGUCUCAUGGUGUAUAUACACUUGGACCCCGCCCCAUUUCAGCACUCUAUGAAUUUUUUUUUUUUUAAAGAAGAAAGACCCAAAGCAUGAUUAUGGUUCAGUGACCACACUCAGUGUUUGUUAUAGUGGCGACAUGAUGCUGCACUCCGAAUGUCGGUCAAAUGCCUGCCAUUCAGGCCUGCAUGAAACAAAUAUACUUGUUUAUCUCCCAGCACUAUAAUGCAUUUUCUACCAAAGGAACACGCCUUUAUGUAUGUAGCCUAAUUCCUGCAUAAUGGAUGUCAUAUAUUCUUUACGUGUCAAUUUAUUAUGUGGAUAGUAUUUUGUAUAUCUGGACCGAAUGUAAAAACAGUGGAAUGUUGAUGUGACACACAGUUCACUAUACAAGCUAUAUUAUUUAGUGGUAAAAAAAAAAAAAAGGUAAAUUGAAUCUUUAAAUGUUUUUAAUAAAGGGUUGAGCAGUUUUAGCGAUGAGAAGCGCAACAUUCCAAAGUCUUUAUCUGUUAAUAGAAAACGUUUUAUGUACUUAAUUUUUUACCUGUAUUACUGGGCGGAUAUAUUCAUUUUAAAUAUGCUCUGAAUAAAAUGUCAUUUGCAAUUGUUUGGACUAAAUAGCGUCUUGUCUGAUGAUUGCUGACAGUUUCUGAUGAUGUGGACGCCAGGUUUACAUGUGGUGAAGGUGCGCCGCCUAGUGGUCACAGCAUUUGAGUACUGUAUUGUGACGAUCUGAUUUUUAAACAUUCAUAACCGGUGUCGGGAGUAACAGCGUGAAACAUAACAGCGUUACAAACACCAUUAUUGUUUUCCAGAGACGGGUAAUCUAAUUAACUCAUUCAAUCCCAGCCAUUUUUGAAAAGACAACUCCUUCAGUAGCAGCCAUUUUAGACACCUUUGACUGAUCUUUCAAGGCACACAGAAGAUCGUGUUCUAUGGCUAUAUAAACAUGGAACCUACCA